CAUAUCCCAAUUUAUUAUUUUCUUAUAAAUCAUUAAAAUUAUCUAUAACAUAUUUGAAGGUCCUCAUACCAUUAUUAUGUAUUUCAUGACAUAGCCAUAAAAAUUUUUCAAAAUUGAAAAAAAUGAUUAUAUGCAUACAUAUUUUCAUUCAUUAAUUUCUCGACUAAUAUUAUAUAUCACACAUCAUAUUUCAAAAUAACGUUUUACUUUUAAAAAAGAUUUACGAAUAUUUUCACGAAUUUUAUCAUUCUGCAAAGAUAUUUAAUUUAAUUUCUAUCACUCCGAGUGUCAUCGAGUGCGCAUCACGUGCAACUACUGCACGAACUGAAACGUAAAUACAUAGAUUAACCAUCGUCAAUAGUCAUGGUAACGGAAUAUAUAUAUUGAUCGAUGCAUAUCAUUUGUAAGGCAUCGUACAUAUGUACUAUUCAGUCGUUUCUGUAACUUCGUUGAGGAGAGAUGGCGGACGAUAUUAUCGCGAUUCAAAAGAAAUUUGGCAGUCUUAACGAGUAUAGCAUACAAGUGAAUAGAUGGCUCUCAAAAACAAUAGGCGUAUGGCCACUUUCAUCUACCACAUCAAAAUUCGAAAAGAUAAUGACAAGGAUUCUAAUUUUUUUCUGUAUGAUCAUCGCUUUAUUCGUUACAAUACCAAGCUUGUUACACUUCAUGCUCGUGAAAGAAGAUGUCAUAUCAAAACUAAAAAUGAUUGGUCCUAUAAGUUAUUGUGUUGGCGGAGGGCUUAAUUAUGCAAUAUUAUUGUUUCUUAAAGACGAUAUACGUUAUUGUAUAGAGCAUAUAGAAGCCGAUUGGGAAACUAUCACAAGGACAAAUGAUCGGCAAGUAAUGUUUAAAAACGCAAAAAUUGGUCGCAUCAUUUCUGGUUGUAUUGGGAGCUUCAUGCAAGUUAGUACUAUUUCUUACUGCACCGUAUUUGGAGUUUUCAAACAGACAAUCAAAAUCGGCAACGAAAGUAUGGAAAUACACGUCUUACCAUUUCCAACCUAUAAAAUUCCGAUUGAUACUAAUCUAGGGCACGGUAUUGUUCUUGGUUUUCAAUAUCUGACAGCAUGCAUUAUGACUGCUACUGUUAUAAUCGCUUUCAGUCUUGCUACAGUAUUUGCAUGCCACGCUACUGGUCAGUUAACUAUAAUGGUUAUGUGGAUCGAAGAAUUUGUAAAUCGGUCACAAAAAAAUAAGAAUGUGCACGUUAAUGAAAUAAGUGUAAUCAUUGAACAUCAUUUAAGAAUUCUAAGUUUCCUAGAACGUACUGAACAUCUAUUAAGUCCAAUAUGCUUCAUGGAAAUGUUCAAGAAUGUAUUAACUAUAUGCAUGCUUAGCUAUUGCAUUCUUGUGGAAUGGUCAGGACGUGAUAUUAGAGCCCUUACUGCAUAUAGUUUUACAAUAAUAAAUAUAACUUUAAGCAUGUUUUUAAUAUGUUAUAUCAGUGAAGUACUAACUGAAAAAUGUAAAGAAAUUGGUAACAUGGUUUACAUGACAAAUUGGUAUCGAUUACCUGAUAAAGAUAUUCUUAAUCUGAUUAUGAUUAUUACACGAUCUGGUAUAGAAUAUAAAAUGACUGCCGGAAAAAUAAUUGAUAUGUCAGUGAUCACAUUUAGUAAUAUAAUUAAAACUAUUUUUGCAUAUUUAAAUAUACUACGCCAAGUGACAAUAUUGUAAUGUGCACAUAUAUUGAGCACAUAAAAAAAUGUAUCAAAUAUAUAUUUAGAAACAUGUUAUAAAUAUUUAUAGAUAUAUAUAUAAUAUGUAUAUUAAAAAUGAAACAUAUUAAUAAUUACAUUCAAGUGAAAGUGUAUAGUAAAAAAUAUUUUUUAUAUCUAUAAUAAUCAGAUAUAUGUCACAUUUUUCAGAAAAUCACAAUUUUAUAAUAUAAUCAUAUGUACUCCACAUUUCUACAUAUACUUAAAUGCAAAAAAACAUCAAAAAUUUUUUUUA